UUCAUUCCAGUCGGCAAACCCCUGGCAACUCGGCAAGACUGCGAGAGCAGAUGCAGUCCAGUCCCGUCGAGUCUCCUGGUCUCCCGGCGCUAUUCCAGGUUCCAGUUUCCCGCCUAAACCCGACGCGUGAGGCUGUGCACAUUCCCGGUCUUCCUCAGUCUCGCCACGUGGUUUAGUAACUUUGGGAAAAGCGAAGGAAUUCGGAUUUUCUUUCGUUUCUCUGGAUUUUACCGAAGGUGGAGGACAGACAGGGGUGACUGUAACUGUACGUUCAAGUGUAAACGUUACUCACUUUAUUCAAGUUGCUCUUAAGAGGUGAAAUGUAUCAUUUAAGUUUGUGAUGAAAGUUUUCUUACCAAGUGAAAGUGUAGAUAGCACGGAGGACAUUGUGAUGUAAAUCGGAGGAGUAAACUAAACAUGUUUUGCACGUUUACAAGGAGAGAUAUAAGAGGAACUUAGACGUAUUAGAGGGUCUCGGCGAGUUAAACCUUCACAUAUUAUUUACCACACGGGAAGAUGACGUCCGCUCUAAUCAUACAUCUCCUGCUGUGGAUUAUAGCUUACGCAGGAUGCGAGGCACUCCGUGAAGGCCCUCGUAUCAUACAGGAACCCCCGGCAGUAGUGACCUUCCCCAACACAAGGGGCGCCAGUCUCACCUGCGUAGCGUCGGCAACCCCGGCCCCUACCAUCACGUGGGUGACCGCAGACGGCGCCAGGGCGGAUAAUAUGGGCGGGCUUCGAAUGGUGAUGAGUUCGCACGGGAACUCGACGCUGACUCUGAUGCCGUUCAGCCCCGAUCAGUACAGGCACGAUAUUCACGUGGCCACCUACAGAUGUCUUGCCAGCAACAGUGUUGGUUCUGUAACGUCCAGAUCUGUCUCCGUCAAUGCAGUUGUCAUGCAGAGGUUCGAAGUGGGCGUGAGUGACGCUGCCGGCGUCGUGGGCGGCCCUACUGUUUUCACGUGCGACGUCCCGCCCACGGUUUCCAGACACGUCACGGUCACGUCUUGGACGGUGGACGGGCGGUCCAUCACCCCUUCUCAGCAGCCAGACGGCCGGUACUGGGUGUUACCAAGUGGAGAACUGAUCAUACAGAGUGUGGCCGCCACCGACGCCUACACCAGGGUGUCAUGUACUGCCGCCCACGCCUUUGACCCGACGCCCAGGACUUCGAAUAUAGCUCGUGUCAUCGUCACAGGUGAGCCAAGGCUAAGUCGACCUCAGUUGCUGCUCCGGCGUGACCUCGUCCGACCUUGGACUCGGGAUGACCUGAUCUUGCCUUGCCUAGCCCGGGGGCAUCCCACCCCAUCCGUCACGUGGUACCGCGAUGACGAGGCCCGUGGGCGUGUGAGUGUUGGCAGCAGUGGGCGGGUGCAGGUCAUGGGCGGGCAGCUCCUUCUGUCUUCCCUCCGUCAGGAUGACUCGGGUCAUUAUAUGUGCAUCGCCAAUAAUUCGGCAGGAACCGAUUCAUACAGGGUUGACGUUCAGGUCAGGGACCGUCUGAGCGUCUCAAUUGAACCCACCCUGCAGAGGGUUGACCUGGGUCGACCUGCCAGGCUAACCUGCCAGGUCAAUGGAGCUCCUGUGAAUUCCGUGGCGUGGUACAAAGACGGUAGGCCCCUCCCCCCACUGCCCCGCCUCACGACCUAUGACAGGUCUCUUCAUAUAAGCCAGGUAUCCCGUGAAGAUGGAGGGAUGUACCAGUGUUUGGCUAAGAACGACGCUGACUCAGCACAAGGCGUUGCCCAACUGGAUCUAGGCGACUCUGCGCCCAUCCUUGAAUACCGGUUCAUCAGCCAGACUCUUCAGCCAGGGCCGUCUGUGAGUCUGAAAUGCAUAGCCUCCGGAGCACCAACGCCCCAUGUGUCCUGGACCCUCGAUGGAUUUCCCCUGCCACAACAUGAGAGGUUGGUCGUGGGUCAGUACGUCGGAAUGGGUGGAUCAGUCGUCAGUCACGUCAACCUGACCGGAGUCAGAGCUGAGGACGGAGGAGCCUACACUUGCAAAGCCACGAAUAGGGCUGGGUCCACCUCCCACACGGCCAGGCUGAACGUUUAUGGUCCUGCGUACGUUCGCCCGAUGUCUAUUGUCACUGCUGUGGCUGGGGAACAGCUCUUUUUGUCCUGCCCUGCUGCCGGGUAUCCUUUGGAUAAAAUUACCUGGUCAAGGGAUGGCCGGAACCUGCCUGUGACGGCGAGGCAAAACGUUUUCGAGAACGGAACGUUGGUUGUCCGCCACGUGGAGAAGGCUGCUGACAGCGGCGAGUACACGUGUACUGCCAUGGACAAGCAGAAGCGCACCCAUUCCUCCACCGCCACGGUUCAAGUGUUGGUUCCGCCCAAGUUGAGCACGUUCAAUUUCCGCGCCGACCUGACACUCGGUGAAAGAGUGUCGACGCAGUGCAGCGUCAACGGGGGCGACACGCCCCUGCAGAUCGUCUGGAUGAAAGACGGCGUGCCCGCGGAGAGCGUGGGAGGCGUGCAGGUACGGCAGUUCGACCAGUACACGAGCGUCUUGGCAAUUAACCACCUGACGCCCGUGCACGCCGGCAACUACACCUGCACGGCGACCAACGACGCGGCCAGUGUGCACCACACGGCUCUGCUCCACGUCAAUGUGCCACCUUCGUGGGUAGAGGCCCCUAGGGAUUCCUCUGUCAUCUUGGGCGGCUCUGUGCACAUACCUUGCCACGCCCAAGGCUUCCCAACGCCCAAGGUCAGCUGGCGACGGAUAAGAGAAGACCAGCCUGGCCAGUACAGCCCGAUUUUGGGCGGUGGACUCGGGCUUGGUGUGGGCGUAGCCAACAACGGGAGCCUCGUCGUCAUAGGCGCCCGAACGGAGGAUGAAGGCCAGUAUCUUUGUGAGGCGUCUAAUAGCGUGGGCGGUGGGUUGUCUGCCCUUGUUAAACUGACGGUUAAUGCACCACCACGCUUCAGCCCAGGCCUCCAGCAAACCGUUUCCGUGCGAAGGGGUUCCAGAGCCUCCCUUGUGUGCAAAGUUUUGGGGGAUCCCCCAAUUACCUUAAUAUGGCAGGCAACGCAUGUCAAUACACACGAUAACAGUAUGGUUCGUGAAGUCGAUGGGGGAGUAAGAGGGGAGCUGAUCAUUCCGUCUGUGAAAAUGGAGGAUGCGGGUGAAUACCGAUGCUCUGCUUCCAACACAUAUGGCCGGGAUUCUCAUGUGGUGACUCUUGUUGUACAAGACGUGCCAGGAUCCCCCCACGGGUUGAGGGUCUCCGAGAGAGGGUCACGGUACCUCAGUGUGUCAUGGCUCUCCCCGUCAGCUGCCCUGACGACCAUCGACAAGUACAUAGUCCAGUACAUACCAGCAUCAGGGUCUUGGGGAGACACCGAGGAAGUCGUUGUAGACGGCAGCACUCACACAACUCAACUCGCUCCCCUGCUCCCUGACACCGAGUACUUGGUCAGACUGCUCGCGGCAAACCACUUGGGGUCGUCUCCUCACUCAGAGCCUUUGCAAGUGAGGACGGAAGGAGAGGCGCCCUCGGCGCCGCCCACGGGAGUGAGGGCGGAUGCCGUUUCGGCGAACAGCAUCAGGGUGAUGUGGGAGCCUCCCCCAGGCCACACCCACCACGGGGAUCUCCUGGGUUACAACUUGGGGAUUAGGAGGCAGGAUGUGGGUGGCGAUGGCUCGUAUAAUUUUACCGUUGUGGGCGUGGGAACUGGUGGCAGCAAUGGGCGUGAGAUGGUCUCGGGUUUGUCCCCAUGGGCGCAGUAUGCAGUUGUUAUGAGGGCAUACAAUACACACGGCCCUGGACCUCUGUCUUCUCCUGUUGUCGUUCGUACAAUGGAAGACGUGCCAGCUGCAGCGCCCAUGGGCGUGGAGUGUAGUGGUGUUGCCGGUGGGUCUUCUCUGAUAGUGAGAUGGGCGCCCCCUCCACCAUCUACCCAUAAUGGCAUCCUGCAAGGUUAUAGGCUGACUCUCACCAGGAUAGAUGAGACGACAGACAAAGUCGAAGAACUGAGGAAGAUGACCAGCGGGCGAGAAGAGACCGUAAGCGGUCUUCGGCCGUGGACCAACUAUACCGUCAGUGUGGCAGCCACGACCAAGGCGGGGGCGGGGGUGGCCUCUCAUGACCUCACUUGCACCACGAAGGAGGACGUGGCUGGGAUUCCCCGCGGGCUGAGAGUUCUACAGUCAGACGUAUCUUCCGCUCUGCUGACUUGGUUAGCGCCCAAACCACCCACGGGUGUCCUUUUGGCUUACACAACACCCCUUCACCACACAAGGCCUCCCCACGCCCGUGCUCCCAUAGAACAUCCCCUCCACGCCCAGGACAACUCCCACACGCUCACGCCGCUCUCCAGGGGCACCCACGAGUUCUGGAUGACCGCGAGGACCAGGGUUGGAGAAGGACCCCCGUCGCCUACUGUCAAGUUGACGAUGAUGGACCCGGUACCCGCCGGCGUGGCAUCUGUCGGAGGACUGGUGACGACUACCCAAGGUGAGGACGUUCGCUUGCCCUGUGUGACGGUGGGCAUUCCUAGGCCACGCCCCAUUUGGACGAUGCAUGGAAGGCAGAUUCACAAGACUGUCAGGUUCAACAUAGAAGACGAAGGUUCACUCGUCAUCCGUGGGAUCGAGAGAGGGGACCGUGGGAACUAUACGUGUUCCAUACACACCGUUCGUAAACAUCCUUACGUUCACACGUCUGCUACGUAUAGCUUGCAUGUCCAAGUUCCGCCCAGCGCUCCGUCAGUUCACAUCUCCGACGCCACGUCCUCGAGUCUGACCGUGUCCUGGUCUGCCGGAGACACGGGCGGAGCGGCGGUGAAGGCGUGGGCUGUCUGGUGGCGGGCUGCUGCUGGAGGAGGAUCGUGGCACACGAGAGAACUGGGGCGGACCUACACUUCGCAUGUCAUUGGAAACCUUCAGUGUGGGGCAGAGUACCAGGUCUACGUAACGGCUCGAACUCACGUUGGAUUGUCACCGCCUUCACGCCCGAUGAUCGCUCGCACUUCCGGGUCGCCUCCUAUAGCCCCGCCCACGCGCCACGUCGCGUCGGGCAACAGCACUGGGGUAUGGGUGUGGCUGGGUAGGUGGAUGGACGGCGGGUGCCCAGUCACGCAUUUCACAUUACAGACAAGGUCUCCGAUGGCUGCCACAUGGACUACACUGGCGAGCAGCUUAGCUCCCCAAGACGUGUACGAAGUAGGAGGUCUCCGGCCGGGUAUGAACAUAGGCCUAAGACUGACUGCCCACAAUGCGGCCGGAGCAACAACCACAACGGUCAACGUCCACACAGGUCCUGGGGGCGGUCUGGGGGCGCAGCCAGCAGGGGUUUUAGAAGAAGCCCCUCCCAAUCACCUCCACACAGACCCACGCCUUCUGGCUUCUGCGGCAGCGUCAGCCUUGGCGUUGGCUUUAACCGUGGCUGCGGCAGUGCUGUGUCUCAGACGCAGAGCUGCUGCGGGGAGAAGAAGCAGGACCUCACAGGAGGACCAGGAGGCCGAGGAAAACAAAGCAAACCUACUCCACCAGCGGGAUUCCUACUACGCCACCGUCAGGAAGCCCCAGCCAGUACCUGCAACCCUCGAGCGGAUUCCAGGUACCAGGGAGAAGGAGACAGAAUACUCGGAGGACAUCUACCCAUAUGCCACAUUCCAGUUGGGCGAGGGCCGUGGAGGACAAGAUGACACCGCCACUGCCAAGUUCCAGACAUUUGUUUUCCAGGACUCGAGAUACGGUGUCACCGAGGCUCAUCCUCCAUCUUCUCCCACUCGCCCCACGCCGAUAAAGGCCCACGGGCGCAGUCGAAGCCAUGGGCGUGGUGUGGGUGGCCCCAGAAGUGAAAGUGAGGAGUAUGAUUCUCUUCAGUCGGAUACGGAUACCGAACACGCCACCUCUUCCCGGACGGAGUCUUCCAUCCACCUGGAUUCGGCCACCCUCGAGAACCACGCCUCCCUCCACCUCCCCCUCGACCCCCAUCUAGCCACGCUGGAAGGGGGUCGCGUUGACCCCCACUUAGCCACCCUGGAAGGCCGGGCCGAUCCCUUGGCGUCCCGUAGGUCCAGCAAUAGAAAUGUCCACCAUAAUCUCAUUUAUCAUGCCCCUGAGUCCAGCACUUCAACGGAGCCCUCCCCCAUCUGCGAGCGGAAGUCCUUCCCGCGAAAGACUGACAUCAGCAAGAUGGGCCGAGUAGGAGGAGCCUUCAGCAACCGGGGGUUGAGUAAGAUGGCGGCCAACAUCCGAGGUGUUAGCGGCAUCGGUGCAGGAGGAGGAGGAGGAGGAGGAGGAGGUAGCGGUGCAGGAAGUGGCGGAGGCAAUCAAGAAACGAGUCUUUCAAUACUGAAGAAGAGCACCGCCACUCCUGGGUCGGAAUCCAAGAGCUCAGACGAGAGUAAGUACGGGUUCACGCGCAGAAUCACUCCUCCCGUCGGCUUCUCCGGCAGCCACAACGAACUGUCGGAGGCUGAGUGUGACCUGGAGAUCCGGAAGCGGAACAAAGAAGGUGACGCUUCCGUCGGUGCUUACAUAGGUCACUCAAGGUCACAGUUUAGGUCGUAUACGUCGGGUAAAGACAAUAAAGAUUAUAGUAUUAAGGUUUAGGCCAAUUCUUGCAUUCCCCUUUCCUUAUGGAUUAGAUUCUUCGUAUUGGCUGACAGUAUAGUAAACAACAAUUACAUUAGUAUUAAGAUCAUCUGAUUUGUAAAAUACCCGGAAAUCUGUGUGCUGAGUUUUUAUAGCAAAUCACAAUUUUGGAAACGUCGUUCAGUGAUGAAGUCUUUCACAUAAGAUAAAACUCAUGCUAAAUCGCGUCUUGGGAGCUGCAUGUUUUUUUUCAUUUGCUGCUGUAACUCUUCAGUGAAGUUUUUCGUAACGAAAGUGAUAUUAUAUAGUGAAUGAUGUCCCUGCAAAAUAUUAGCCCUGUUCCAAAGACGCCUGGAAUAAGACAAUGUAGCGCCUGUAACGUGAUAACCUCUGUUCGUUGAGUUCGUUCUAAGGUUCCAGUGGUGCAAGGGAUAAUGUUGAAGUUAAUUGAAAUAUCAGAAAUGAUUUCAAUUUUUUUAAAGGAUGCAGAUAUAUGAAUGUAUUUCACAAGAAAACUAGGAAGAUGUUUUUCAAUUACAGCAUGUACUGGUGCGUCUGUUGAGGGUUGUAAAUAGUGUUAUUGCAUACAUGGAAUAUUUGACGUCACACUGUGGUGUAGUUGGCGUUGACAUUUUUAUAUAAAGUUGCUCUAUAGAGACAAUGUGAUGGAGAUUUAUGAAUGUAAACUAAGUGUGAUCAGAUUUACUGUUGUGGAAAGAACUGAUUUUAUUUAAAAUAUACUGUUGUCAUAUGACGUUGAGAACUGCUAUCGGCCGUGCGUUCUCCGGAGGGAAAGAGGAUUUAUAUGAUGUUGAUAGGAAAUUUUAAUUGCAUGAAAUCAGUGUUUUGUAAGAUGCAUUACCUGUGUAACUUCAACCGAUAUUCUAUUAGCAACCUGUUGAUCUAUUUCUACUCGAAAAAGUCGUCUGUCAUUCUAUCUCAUGUGACCUAUUUUGUCAUAAUUUUUCGUACUUUUUUGUCAUAUAUUUCCGUACUCCGCUGUUACUGGGAAAAUAACGUUUCUAAGUGUUAUCUUAAUGUUUCUGUGAUACUGUGAGAACUGUUGCUGUGAAAGAAGAAAAAUACGAUUAUAUGAUCUGGCUAUUACCCGUAUGGUUAAGGUUCAAAUUUUUGAUAGUACAAUUAAAAAGCUUUAUGUAUAAA